UUGAGAUUCAUGUCUUUUGCAGAAAGACUAUGGGCUGGUGGAAUAGGUUCUGAGAUUUGGGGGAUGAGGCUGAGAGCGUAACAUGGAGUGGCAUCCUUCAGGAAUUUGGACGGUUGGGUUGGGCACAUUCGCUGACGCCGGUUCCUUGUCAGUUAUGGAUGGGAGCUGCGUAAUAGGCUUCUCUAUUCGUUUUAAAAAUCCAUUACCAAACACUAGUGUCGUCGAUUAAUCGGAAACUGAUGUCCUCAGGAGUGGCAUGCUUCCCUCGAUGCGCCAUUUUCAGAAGUAAUCUCGAGAGUAUGCACUCACACUAGGGUACCCUACGCAGAUGAGUCGCUCAGUGCAGGAGACUCAUUGUAGACAAUUUAGCAGCAAGGAAUGGUUGCGUAGUGAUUUUUUCUUAAGGUUUGGUGAGCGCGUCACCGUCUUCAAUCGUCAAGUACAUGCAGCUGCUGAUUUUACAAAUACGGCAAUGAACAUGACACGAGAAAUGUAAGAUGCUCGCGCUGGAGCUGUUAGCUGUGAUGGCAUCAGCGGAUAGGAGUAAUGAGGUCAAAUAUUUAGUACUCUUGGGCCUCAGUAUACUGAUAAUGUUCAGUCGCAUUGCUACGGUGCAUGCCAAAGAAUUAAGCUUAGAAACCGAUAGACAAGCAUUGGAAAAGCUGAAAGUUGCGGUGGAUCCGUCUGAUAAUCUUCUCCCCUGGGUGUCGGGCACGAAUUCUUGCACUUGGAUUGGAGUUGAAUGCCACCAGAAUCGCGUUGCGUAUCUUCAUAUCCCCGGAUUCUAACUCACAGGUUCCCUUCCUGCCAACACACUCGGCGAUCUCGACCAUCUUCGGGUCCUGAGCCCGCACCACAACCGACUCACGGGUCCCUUUCCUGUAGAUCUUCUUAGAUGCACUCGCUUGCAGGGACUCUUUCUGAAUUCCAAUCUGUUCUCCGACACACUCCCCGACUUCACUGGCUAUUGGCCUCGUGUAAGCCUCCUCACUCUGGCAUCCAACAACUUCACUGGUCCAAUCCCAGCUUCCAUCAAUGCGCUCCAGUCUUUGAUAGUCCUCGAGUUCGAAAACAAUUCUUUCUCUGGUCAAAUUCCAGAGAUAACUUUAGCAAAUCUGGUUAGGUUCUCAGUAGCUAACAACAAUCUCUCGGGGUCUGUCCCCGCAUCGUUGCAUAAGUUUCCGACCGAGAGCUUUGAUGGCAAUGAAGGGCUGUGCGGGGCGCAAGCAAGGAUGCCUUGUCCUGAGUCGUUUUUGCCUGCAGUUUCUCCCACAGACGCUCCUGCAGCUGAACCCAGUUUUGCCAUUGCUGCACCCAUUGGGACAACAAUAUCUGAAACAACGAAUCGUGAGCACAAGAAGGUGAUGGCCGCAGGUAUGGUUGGUAUCAUAAUCGGCGCCUGCGGAGUUGUAAUUCUCGUUGCUUUCUUCGCACUCUGCCGUCCACGCCACAACGGCAACUUAAAUUUGAAGUCGCACGCAGGCAAGCUAGUGAGGCUAUAUGAUUCAGACAGAGACGAUGAUGAGGAAGACUUCAGGGACAGCUACGCGGUGCGAAUUUCAUGCGAAAUCCAGCGUAGUGAACUAAUAUUCUUUAGCAACAGCAAGAAGCGGCCAGAGUUUCGCUUGGACGAGCUACUGCGCGCUUCGGCUGAGGUGCUUGGUAAGGGUUGGGUGGGAACGUCCUACAGAGCAGAAUUGGAUCAGGGGUUUUCCGUGGUUGUGAAGCGGCUCAAGGUUUUUGUGACUGAGCGGAGAGAUUUUGAGACACAUGUUAGGAGGCUGGGUCGGUUGCGUCACAAGAACCUGGCGCCGUUGCGAGCAUACUACUUCUCCAAGGAUGAGAAGCUGCUUGUCGCCGAUUACGUUCCUAGAGGAAGCUUGCAUGCUCUUCUCCAUGGUGACACAAGCGGCAAUCGCACUCCAGUGGACUGGGUCACCCGGGAGAAAAUAGCGUUAGGCUGCGCGAGGGCGGUGGCGCACUUGCACAAGGAGAGCGUCAACCUGGUGAACGGGAACAUCAAGUCGACGAACGUGCUAUUGAAUCGCGAUUUGGAGCCUUGCGUUUCCGACUAUUGCCUGACAGAUCUAACUCCGGUAAAUGUAAGCGCUUCAGGGUUAGGUGGAUACCGAGCGCCAGAAGUCACCGAUAUCCGCAAAAACUCAACGCAGUCCGACGUGUACAGCUUCGGCGUGCUCUUGCUGGAGCUUUUGACCGGCAAGCCGCCGAUACAAUCCAACAGGAGUGGGGACUCUCCCGGACAGGACCUAACAAAUUGGGUGUUGUCCAUCGUACGCAACAAGUGGACCUCGGAAGUGUUCGACGCGGAACUCUUGCGAUACAACUCAGAGGAGGAGAUGCAGCAGAUGCUGCAAUUGGCAUUAGCAUGUGUGGACUCCAUCCCUGAGCGGCGCCCCAAGAUGGACGAGGUCGUGCUUCUGUUAGAAGACAUCACGCAGCUCGACACCACUGCCGACGAAUCCUCACGCCACGCAGUAUUGAAUUCUAGAACCGCUCAGAGAUCCGGAGACCCUCACGCCACCGCGCUGGUGUUUACGCGCCCCUCAUCAGGCGUUUUCGUGAUCGGAGACUGACAUCCCCUGCCAAAGUAGCAUUCAUAUAUCAUAUAUCACGUAUCUGAUUGAUACAUUGACGCAGUGUGGAUAAGCCCAGAUCGGCCUGUGUCUACUAGACACACAAACACUGGCAAGCGCGGCGAUUCCAAGGCGGGAUCCGAAUGAGCCUGGCAAUGUAGCAUCGCACUUCAUUUGCGUUGUGAUCGAAUGGCUAUUUAGCACAAGUUGUGUACCUUCAAGUUGGGUAUACAGCUGCCGAUUAAAGCAUGGAUGACAGUUUAGCAAAACUGGCUUCUAUUCGAAGCUACAGCUGGACCAGAUACAUUCAACACCUUGUCUUUCGGCGUUUAGCGGAGGUUCGGAACAAGUGUUUCAUUGAUAAAGAAGCCUCUUUCCAUGUCGAUGGUGUGUCAAUGUAACAAUGCUACAGCUCUAUAUCAAGUUAUGGUUUAGAUAAAUUAGUUAUGAGAUGAUUUGAGAUACUGAGAAUUGCUGUCGUAUAGAAGUGUAUUGAAGCUAGAAAAUUCAUGAAUUGAUACAAAUGAGAACUUCUACAAGUUUGUAAUGCCAGGAACCAUCCUCCGCAUCGAUUCUUUUUACACAGAAUACUUCCAACUUUUUGAAGCUGGUUUCUCAAAGAAGCCCCAA